AUAAAUAAAGAAAAAAAAACUGUCAAGAAUCAAGAGAUAUGCUGCCCUUAACCUGUAGAACCCAAGGCUUAAUUACAGUGACUCCAAGCAAGACAGCCGGAGUCCAACAAAGUAAAGCUUCUGAAUGAGAGGAAAACGAGUAGAACUAGAAUCCCUCUGGGAGGAAGUGAGGGAGGUCAGCCUAGGAAACUCCGUGGACCGCCUCCAUUCUCCCCCGACGCCACUCCAAUUCCUCAGAGACUUUGUAUCCCAAAACAAACCCUGCUUAAUCUCCAACUCCAUCUCCCAUUGGCCAGCCCUUUCCCUUUGGCCCACCCCUUCCUACCUCUCUACUUCCCUCUCCUCCUCCCUCGUCUCCCUCCACCUCACUCCCGAUGGCCAGGCCGACGCCCUAGCCCCCCACCCUUUGCACCCUUCCCUCUGCUUCGUCUCGGCCCACGUCCAACCCACCCCUUUCCCUCACGCCCUCGACCUCAUCCGUCAACCUCCCAAUCAUUUGGUAGCCUAUUUGCAGCAGCAAAACGACUGUCUCAGAACCGAGUACAGCGAACUCGAGUCCGAUUGCGAUGACCAUAUUCCAUGGGCCUCAGAGGCUUUAGGCUGCCUUCCGGAGGCUGUCAAUCUCUGGAUUGGAAACCAUCUAUCGGAGACUUCUUUCCACAAAGACCAUUACGAGAAUUUGUACGCCGUCGUUUCCGGGGAGAAGCAUUUUUUGCUACUUCCCCCUACUGACGUUCACCGCAUGUAUAUUAGGGACUAUCCAGCAGCUCGAUACUGCUAUUCCGAGGAGAGUGGAGAGUUUCGGUUAGAGCUUGAAGAGCCGGAGAGACGCGUGCCAUGGUGUAGUGUGGAUCCUUACCCUGCAACGGGGAGUGAGGAGAGGUCGAAAUUUCCAUUGUAUUUUAAUGGGCCUAAGCCGUUUGAGGUUACUGUUAAGGCUGGAGAAAUUCUUUACUUACCAAGUAUGUGGUUUCAUCACGUUAGACAGAGCCCAGGAGAUGGAGGAUGCACUAUUGCUGUAAAUUACUGGUAUGAUAUGCAAUUUGAUAUCAAGUAUGCCUACUUCAACUUCUUGCAAUCACUUCCUUACCAAUCAACUGAUGAUCAAACGAUACCAGAGAGUGAAUGUGAGGAUUUAGGAUAUCAUCCACCUCCCAACCAUUUAAGCAGGAACUUGAGAUAUCUCAAGGACCAUGAGGACUGCUGCGGGCUGCCCUAUGUCAACAUGAUUAAAGUUUUGACGAAUUCUCAAAGAGCAGUGCUGUCUGCUACCUGAAAGUCAUGGCAUCAUUAGAGAGCCUUAGAAACUUUGCGUAAGGGUCCCAAUAACCUCAACAGAACAGGGUGAUAGAUCAUGAAACUGACGAUCAUAUUCAGAGUGAGGUUUGGUGGUAGCAGCAAAUAAUUGUUCUGGGUAUUUCACUGACAUGGAUUUUAUUCUGUGAAACUUUUUCAGGAACACAUUGAUACCACUGAAUGUUUAAUAUUUUAUCGAAAGUUUACAGAGUUUACAAUUGAAUGAGUGACCUUAAUGGAAUAUGGAUGGAUAUGUUUCCUAUA